AUGGAAGACCUAAAAUCUUCGGAUUCAAGUCCUGUUUUAGGGAGACGAUUGAGACCAUGUCGAGAGAAGGUAGUCCGUUGGAUACUCGCAUUCUUAGCAACUGUGGUUAUUGUCAAAUCUUGGAUUAACUUCGUUCUGGUGGAGAAGUUGCAGAAUCCGGACCCAUUGUUCUCCACGGGAACUUUCAGGUGGGAAAAAGUGCAGCCCUCCGAGUCGCUGUAUUAUCAUGACUGUGGUAAUGACUUCCAGUGUGCUCGCCUUGAGGUGCCAAUGGAUUAUGAAAGCACAGAAAAACAAGGGCGAAAAUUUGUAUUGGCGAUAGUGAAGAUCCCUGCCAAGGUGCCUGUCGGAGACCCUCGCUAUGGAGGUGCCAUGCUGAUCAACCCCGGUGGUCCCGGGGGGCCUGGAACUUUGCAAGCGUUCCUGUCAGGACGACAUCUCCAGACAAUUGUCGAUGCUGAGAAUGACCCGUUCUCAGAGUUCGGCGGUCCCGAUGACAAGUACUUCGAUGUUAUUGGAUUUGAUCCCCGCGGAGUUGGACAAACAACGCCGGCGGUGACAUGUUUUCCUGAUUCAACGUCUCAGCGAAAUUGGGAAUUGGCAGUCGAGGCCGAGGGAAUGAUCGGGAGCAGCGAUGAUGCCCUGCGAAAAAGCUGGCAGCGGACCCUUGCGCUGAACAAAGGCUGCUCGGUUUACGAGAUGAAUGAUAUCCAACAGAAUGAUUCGAUGAUGGCUUACGUCAACACUCCGCUGGUUGCACGAGACAUGCUCACCAUUGUUGAACGCCACGGGGAGUGGCGUGAAAGGGAAGGUCUCAAGGCACAGGAAGAGCAUGACAAAUGCCAUGGCUAUGACACCACGCGCUCAAUUGCCGAGCGUACAAAAUGGUACCGGGAUCAAGAACCGCUCUUAUACUGGGGUCGGUCGUACGGCACGGUCCUGGGUACAACAUUUGCAGCGCUUUUUCCAAAUCGAGUAUCCCGGGCUGUGCUCGAUGGAGUUGUUAAUAUGGAUAAGUACUAUGAAAAUAGAGGGCCGAACGUCGUCCUUGAUGCUGAUGCUAUUUUCGAGCGCUUUGGUCUCUACUGCAAUACCGUUGGCCCAGAUGGUUGUCCCUUCUACGUUGUUGGAGGCUCAUCUGCCAUUCAAGACGCGUACUGGGCACUUGAGAACCAGAUCCUCAACAAUUCAAUUCCUGUUAUGGCCUCUUCUACCCGGGGUCCUGAGGUUGUCACCUGGACAGACGUGAAAACCGUUCUUCGCAUAGCAGUUUACCAGCCACUACUUGUUUUCCCUGUCUUGGCGGAGAAGAUAGGCGCACUUGCUAAUGGGGAUCCUGUCCCCAUGGCGGAUUUCAAGCGUCGUCGGCACUUCAGUACGUGUCCUUCAAAUGAAUGCAGUAUCAUGGGACCGUGGUCUCCACAGUGUACACAAGGACAAGACAAUUCGUUAUAUGCGAUGUCUGCUAUUCUGUGUACGGAUGCGGAGUUUCUGGCCGAGAACACCCUGGAGAGCUUCAUAGAGAUGUGGAUGGAUCUCAAAGCUGAUAGCCGGACGGUGGGAGAUUACUGGGCUCAGAUGCUACUUGCUUGUGCAGGAUGGAAAGCGAGGGCGAAAUACAAGUUCGAAGGGCCAUGGGAUGGCAUUGUCACAUCACAUCCGAUGUUGUUUGUUUCAAAUACUCUAGAUCCAGUCACGCCUUUGUAUAAUGCUCAACAUAUGUCCGAUAGAUUUCCAGGAUCGGUCUUGCUUCAGCAAGAUUCAGAAGGGCACACCACAAUUGCCGCGCCGUCCAUGUGCAUAGCAAAGUCUCUUCGAACCUAUUUCCAAACAGGUGAUCUUCCUGACGUCGGAACCAUCUGUGAGGCUGAUCUGAAGCCAAUGGUGGGACCUAUCGACCAAAUGCCGAUAACCACUCAAAGUAUGACUGCUGCUGAUCGGAAGCUGUUUGAAGUUUUGAUCGCAGAGACGAAGCGAGGAUAUCUUGCUCUUUAA